GUUGAAGAAAUCCGGCAACGGAUCGCGGAAACCGACGAGACGUCCGAAGGAUGUCAGGAUCUAAUCGAUCGCGCCAGCCACUUUUUCCGAAGUAUCGAAUACGAAUGCGACAAACAACCACCGGGCGGCAUGCCGACGACUGACGAUGGAAACGUUCAAAAAUUGAUCGAGCAAGUAGAAAGUUGGUUGGCGAAGCUGACUGAAAACGACCGCGAUGUGCCGGCGCGGGGCACCACCACGGAGGACGGCAACGACGAUGAUAUUCGCAGUCGCUUCAACACGUGCCAAGCAGCCGGCCGAAUCGUUUUAGAGAAAUUGAAAGCCACUCUCUCGACCGCCGCUGAGAUUUCUAAUGAAUUAAACACUGCCCGGAGCAAAGGAGGCAACGGACGGACGACUUCCAGUGACAAUGGAAACGGAAACAACUUCGUUUCCGAAUCGAGUGUUUCAGCGGCAGUCGGGGUUUCACCGAACGAAAAAACUGGUCACGAGAAGCCUUCCACAUUCGAAACUUCAGUAAGCAGAGUACAACAGAAGGAGUGUGCAGGUGACAUGUCGAUGUCUUCUCAUCUGGAACGUACGUCUGACGCCGAGUCGCUGGUAAUCAGUUGGACUCGUAAACGCAUGGAAACGGACAUGUGCCCAGACGGCGAUACUCAGUCUCUUAGGCAGAUGUUUGAGGGCAUUCACGCGGUGCUGACUUCGCUGGCGGCUGAGAACAAAUUACGUACCUACUCUGUUUCACAGUUCACCGAGAAAGUGAAACGCUGUAGCCGAAUGUUUGAAGAAGUUACUCCGAAAUACGACCAAGUGAUCAGAUCCGGUCAAAAAUUGGCUGACCACGGGCCCCCAGAAUUAGAAACGCAGAAGGUGCUGGACGACAUCGACAUGGUGACGACGGAGUACAAUGCCUUGAAACAUACGUUGGACCUCGAAAACCAAGUGGCCACUCUCUUGGCAGACAAGUACAGUCGCAUACUGCAGGAUGUUGGCGUGUGUUCGUCACAACUGCAGCGGAUCGAUAUGCAGUCUAAAGAAGAUCUACAGCAAUUGCUUUUGAAGUACGAAGCUUUUAUUUCGGACUUAAAAUCCACCAACUCCGCUGUCAAGGAUCUUUGCGAAGAUUCUGAUAUUUUCGUUCCAGACAUAUCGGCCGAAGAGGCCUUUAAAAUUAUCUACGUUAAGCGCGAUGACCUUAUGUUGCGACUGAAGGCGAUCGACUGCUCUCCUGAUAAAACAGUCAACGUGUUGCUCACCGACUGUUCCUCGCUAAACAAGGCUCUCACCUCUGCGGUGAUGAAAUUAUGUCGUCAGAUGGGUAAAACUGGCGAAGACAGCCUUCCGUUUUUGGACCGACAGACUGCAUUAAAGGAAACUGAAGACGUUUUUGCUCAAGUUGACGAUUCGAUUGAAAGCUUAAAAACUUUGGCUGAACAGCUGGCAGACGUGUUGCCACCGGCGAACAAAGUCACACUUUUUGAGAAGAUGGCCCACUGUGAGAAGCACUUCGAGAAACUGAAAUUGGAUGCCGCUGGAAAGCGAAUUCAGGUGGAAUCGCGUCUUGCGGUACAUAUGGAUAUUAAAGACAAGACCGAUGAACUUGUCUUCUGGGUCGAUGAGACGGAAGCUCUCCUGAGCUCUCACGCUGAUCCGUUCGACUGUCGGGCUCUACAUAGUUUUAUGGAUCGCUGCGAGGCAAAAAUGGAAGAGGUGAAAGCAAAACAGCGACAGCUGCAAGAAAUAUCAACAUCCGCGGAGGAACUGCUGAAAGGAGAAACCGUGUUUGACCCAGCAAAGCGCAGCUUUAAUCACAACCUUGCGGACCUGACGGAUCGCUUGCAGACGAUCGCGAACGAAACAGAGUCUAAACUAAGUCAGUACCACGAGAAGAUCUCUCGCUGUGUGGCGUUUAGUCAGGAUGUGAACGAUGCAAUGUCGUGGGUUCUGCACGUGAAGAAUAUGAUGCUGGAAUUCAAGUCAGCUAAAAUCUACACCCCUACACGAUUCAAUCUUAAGGUUAUUAAUUUGGAAUAG